GGCGGGCGGAAGGGCACAACCGAGGAAGGUGGAGAAGAAGAUGCGAAUGUGGCGGAUAGGGUUUGUGUUGUCACCCUAGUGCACCUGAGCCGAAGCUUGUUGUCUUUGUCUUCACCACCGUCACCAGUCCUCUUUUUCUCCUCUGACUCGUCUAGGCGGGACGGGACAGCGCAGCCCACAUAUCCCCCACCGCACAUAUCCCGUGCCCCAGUCCCCUGCAUCCGCCAUCACCACCACCCACCAUCACACCCUGCCGCGACAAACAAUGUCGUCCUCCCUUGCCUCCGCGGCCCAAGCGCCCCCUCUCGAGACCCCUAUCCACCACACAUCUCCCAAUCCCCAGCUCCCCACCCCUACUGACGAGCAUCCCGACACGCUCCCACCCUCCUAUGCGUCACUGCCCCGCGCACCUCACACCCCUUCGUCGCAGCACAUGUUAAGCCCCCGCGCAGCCACUAUUGAUUCGCACGCCGAAAAGCAGGCAUUGCGCGAUGCACGGAGGAGAAUGGACAGCGAAGUAGAGAGGAACAGAGGACACUUGUCCCCUACAAGACUGCCGCCCGAGAGCAUAGACCCGAAAGAGUUGCACGACGGGCAGGACAACCGCCCUCCCAAUGGUACCGGCAACUCGAAUUCUCACUCGGGGUCCAACUCCACUGGCUCCAUGGGCGGAGGCAGUAGUAUACGGGGACCAGCGACUGCUGGAGGUUCAUCACACCCCCGCACAUCUACCAAUUCGCGAAGAGAAAGUCAAGAUCAGCAGUCGGUUGCGGGAGGCGCCAGCACUACUGGAAGACUCUCCACAGACAACCUGCAGGUCGGACACCGAGGGCAGCUUCCUUCUGGAUUGGAUGUGCAGGAUGCGCUCGCCAAAUGCGAAGAUCCAACACUUGGAUGGAGUUUACAUUUUUGGGUUACGCUAGCUGAUCCCCUAACGCAGCACGUCUUCUUUGCCAACCCUGCCUCGGGGCAGUGUAGCUGGGAUCCUCCUGUCGGAGCGUUUGUCGUUCCAAGGUCUCCGGAAGGAGAGUGGUGGGAGCUCGCAGACGCUACAAGGAGCAACCGGUCAUACUACUACAACACUUUAACAGGCAAAACACAAUGGACGCGGCCAGGUGGAAGCGCGUUCGUGAUCCCCUUGGGAUUGAUCCAGCGAAACGCUCUGCCGGCGCGCCCCAACAACAACAGCAACGCCCGACUGGCCACCUCAGCAUCCACCUCCCGUCUCCCAACAAUCCCCAAUCCGACCACUCCCUCCCGAGAACGUCACUAUACGACGCAAUCCGCUCAGACGACUCCCAGCAAGACGCCCAGUAAAGCAAUCCCCAUCCCGCUGUAUUCACCUGCUCCGAGCCACAACGCCAUGCCCACUACUCCCUCAUCUUCAAGGAUAUUUGAGAAUGGCUAUGCCAGCGGAAACAGCCACAAUGGCGUUCCCGACUCACCCAUGUCGAUGCCUUCUACCUCCCCACAGAAGCCCCAAUUUCAACCUUUACGAGGCUCUACUACGCUUCGCUCUUUGCCUGUGCUUGAAGAGACCGAGUCUUACACUGGAAGCUUGACCACAGCAGGGGAAGGUGGUACGGGUAGCGGAAGCGAUGCCGAUAGAAGCGACAAUGGUCUAGGGACAAGUGGAUGGUGGGACAAGAGAAGGAGUAAGGCGUGGGGCAGAAAAAAGUCAACCGAGAACAGAGAUAAAGGAAAGGGAAAGACGCUGAGUAGGGCACCCAGUACGGAUAGGCUGCAGACGAGUACUACUUCAAACUCGAAUAACCCUACCGCUGCGUCUCCAGCAAAGGUGAGCGCGGUGCUCAACUCGGUCAGUGCAAAUCUGCCCAAGGACAUGCCUCUUGAGCCUAUAUAUGUCGAGACUCCUGGACAAGCGUCCAUGAGGACCAAGCGAAUGAGCACUGGCCUUCACCCUAUACUGCCCCUUGAGAUUACCUCACAAAUACAAUCCUUCCAGACAGAAGACUUUUCCAGAAAAUACUUUGCCAUUAAACGCACUGGAUUCCUGAGAACGCGCAUACCUGUUGACCGAAUCAUGGAAUGGCAAAAACCCCCUAUCACCUCCUCUCUACUCGUCCUGUCUGAUAAGAAUCUCAACAAGGAAGCUGUAAAGAGUUUCAAAGUCAUUCAACAUGUGAUGGGCGAAAGGGAUAGGGGAGUGGAAGGCGCUAGACCAACACAAGCAGGCAGUAGUGGGCUGGCUUUGAACUCCUCCCUCAGAGGUCAGGGCUCCGCGUCAGGCGAAGAGCCUGGCCAGGCUGGUGAACUUGGAGUGAGGCCUGGGUUCAAUCAAAGUGUGCGAAACUUUGGUGGGUCAGACGCUGGCGGCCAGCAGGCAAGGAGCGAGAAGAUAUUGGUGCUUGAGGAGAUUCGAUGGUUGAUCCAGUUGGCGGUGGCGCAGGUAGAGAUGAGGGACGAAGUGUAUAGCCAAGUCGUCAAGCAGUUGACCAGAAACCCCGAUCAUGAUUCUGUGGUAUUGGGUUUCCAGCUGUUAUGUGUCUUUGUGAAUGCGUUCGGGCCCACCAAGAACUUUGAGCCAUUCGUCAAGAACUUUUUAGAAAAACACCUCAGUGACCAACGUGAUGGAAUUGGGAUCAUGGCAAAGUAUUGCAUGACCAAGAUCGAAGCGUUCUCCAACAAGGGCGGUCGCGCUAAAUCUCUGACUGUCGGCGAGAUUGAACAUGCCUCUGACGCAGCCUUCUACCCCUCCAUAUACGGCGAAUCACUUGCCCGGAUCAUGGACCUCCAAAAGAGAUCUUACCCUCAGCUCAAGAUUCCUGUGGUCCUCCCAUUCUUGGCGGACGGGAUUCUGGCGCUGGGUGGCAUGGAGAGCGAAGGGGUAUUUAGAGUUCCGGGAGACGGCGAUUGUGUGGCAGAGUUGAAAAGUAGGAUGGACAGAGGUCACUAUCAACUGAAAGGCAUCGACGACCCUCACGUGGCAGCCUCCCUUUUCAAGCUAUGGCUACGUGAACUGGAGGAACCCAUCAUUCCGACAACGCUUUACAAUGACGCCCUUCUCGCUUCACGCUCGUACGCAGAAGUGUUUGACAUUGUCCAGAGAUUACCACUGUAUAACAAGAGAGUCUUGGUGUUUGUUGUCAGCUUUGUGCAAAUGUUUUUGAAGGCGGACGUUGUAAAGCAGACCAAGAUGGGCCCGUUGAACCUGGCGCUCGUCCUUGCUCCCAAUAUCCUGCGCACCACUUCUGAUUCUCUGGUCACUGUCUUUACAAACUCUAGCUUCGAGGCCAAAUUCAUCCUGCAGUUAUUGGAAAACAUGAAACCGGGAGAGAUUGAUCCAGAUUACGUGCCGAUACAUGGGUCAGGAGAGUAGGAGAUUUGGGGAGGGUGAAGGGUUGCGGGAUUCUCUUCAUGGAUGUUGCUUGUGUAUACACUAGAGAGAGUUUUUCUCACGGCAAACAACUUUUACAAUACCACUGUCAUAUAUUGAGUUCGCAAUGUACUACUUGAGUACGCUUCCUAGGCUAUUAGACGCCUUCUGGUUGCGGUCAGCGAGGGCGGUCACUAUGUGGAGAGACACUGUCUGGCCGCUCGCCGAUCCUAGGUGUAUGCAUUAC